AUGUACACCACACGGCUUAUCAAGCUACUUCUGGUAGCCCUUGCUGUGGUCUGCGUCGCACAGGCAUCAUGGAUCGAUAUAAACAAAAUACCCAGCGUGGAGCGCCGGCUUGCACGAAGAGCAAGCCCUAGCCAGGCGGCGGAUGAUUCCGCAGCAAGUGCCACUGCACCCGCCGAUGCUGAAGCUACUCAGGCGAAACCUGACACCAAGACUGAGGCUGCUGCUUCUACCAAUGUCGAAGCUGAUCCCACAUCCGCUGCCGAAGCCUCCGAAACUCCUGCUGAGCCCACUAAUAAGGAUACCAAGGAGGUAACGAAGCCAUCUGCUACUCAAGCCGAACCUACUGCCAACGAAUCUCCAGCGACAACCGCUGCUGAUGCUGCCUCUACAGAGGAUGCUCCUACUUCCAAGGCUGCUGAGAAGUCUACUGCUGUUAACUCCAAGCCCGCCGAGACCGCAGCUACUACGCAGCCUGAGGCCACUCAAGAGACUGAAUCUGCUGCUGCUUCCGCUACCGAUGAUAGCACCUCUGCUCAGGCGACAAAGGAAGCCCCGGCACCUACCAGCAGCUCUAGCAGCGAUAGUAAGAGCCAGAACAACGACGACUCCAGCAGCACUGCCAGCGAGAGCGAAGAUGAGGCCACCAGCGCUACAAAUGAUAAGGAGACCCGAACUACCGCUAAGCCCGUUACUUCUACCCAUAUUGCAGUCGUUACGCGAACCAACAGCGAUGGCGAUCUUGAGACUAUGACCACUACGAGUGUGUCCACAACAACUCCUGGACUGAGCUCCAACGACGACGAUGACAGCUCUUCGGGCAUGUCGGCCAAGACCCGUAACACCGUUAUUGGCGUUGUUGUCGGCAUUGGCGGUGCCAUUGUCGUCGGUGCUCUCGGCCUCAUGGCCUGGAGAAUCUGGGGACGUAAGAAGCAAAGUGAGGAGGCUGACGGUCUCAUGGAUUUCAACGAGUCCAGCAGCCGGCCCAGCAGCAACGGUCCUUAUCACAGCGUUGAGAAGACCGAAUACGGCAGCGUUGGUAGCUCGGGCCCCCAACGUAGUCCAUUCCAAUCUACGCUGGAUACCUAUCACCAACCAACGCCCGUCAACGCAUCAUCCAACUUCUAA